GAUCUCUAAUACUAUCUUCAAUCUCCACAGCACCACCACCACCAAAACCAACGCCGAGAGAAGCCUGCAAUCCUUCACCUUGUGGAUCCAACGCCAUCUGUCGCGUUGAGAACCAGUAUGCUGUUUGCCAGUGCCUACCUGAAUACAGAGGAAACCCAUACGAGAGCUGCCGACCUGAAUGCCUGUCGAAUAGCGAGUGUCCUGGAGAUAGGGCAUGCAUUCGUAACAAAUGCCAAGAUCCGUGCCCAGGAACCUGCGGUAUCAACGCUGAAUGUAUUACAAGAAACCAUGUGCCUAAGAACCACCGAGAGACCCAUGUAACCCCUCACCAUGCGGCAUCAACACAGUUUGUCGCACAUCCGGCAAAACGGCAGUUUGUGAAUGCCUACCAGGUUUCCACGGCACUCCAUCUGCAGGAGGUUGCAGACCUGAAUGUACCAUCAGCGCGGAUUGUCCAAGAGACAAAGCUUGUGUCAACACCAAGUGCGUGGACCCUUGUCCUGGAACGUGUGGAUUCAACGCUGUUUGUAAUGUCAUCAACCACAGCCCUGUGUGUAGCUGCCCUCCACCACUAGUCGGCGAUCCGUUCACGCUUUGCAAAGAAGAAAUCAUCCCUAAAGACCCUUGCAAUCCAUCACCGUGCAACCCGAACGGUCAAUGCAGAGUCGUCAACGGACAAGCCCUUUGCAUCUACCCAGAGUGUGUCAUCAACCAAGACUGUCCUCGCGAUAAAGCUUGCUACUCGCAGAAAUGCAGAGAUCCUUGCAGAGACGCUUGCGGCUUGAACGCCCUUUGCCAGGUUGUGAACCAUCGUGCGAUAUGUUCUUGUCCAUCCGGGUAUGUCGGAACACCAGAGGUGCAGUGUAGGCUUGAACCGAAGGAGGAGCCUAAGCCUAAGGUGGAAUGUACGUCGGAUUCGGACUGUACCAAUGACAAGGCUUGUAUCAACACUCAAUGUAGGAAUCCUUGCAGUCCUGGCAGCUGCGGACAGAACGCUGAAUGUAGACCACAACUUCACAGGGCGGUCUGUACCUGCAGGGACGGAUUCACCGGAAAUGCUCAACGUUUUUGCAACGAAAUAGGCUGCAGAUCAGAUUCAGAGUGCCCACCGACCCAAGCUUGCGUCAACAAAGAAUGCACCGACCCUUGCAGUUUCACCUCGUGCGGCCUCAACGCCUUGUGCCGAGCAGACUCCAACCACAGAGCUCGAUGUUACUGCCCAGACAGCUUCAGAGGCGAUCCCUUGGUCCGAUGCGAACGACCUGAAUGCACCAAGGACGACGAUUGCCCUUACAGCCUAGCGUGCAGAAACGAAAGAUGCGAAGACCCCUGCAACUGCGGUUUGGGCGCCAUCUGCAACGUGUUCAACCACAGACCUCAAUGCUCUUGUCCAGCAGGAUACGUCGGUAACCCGUUACAGUCUUGUAGACAGAAACCCGCCGAACUGGAACCUGAAUGUAGGAUGGACGCGGAUUGUCCGAGCAAGAAGGCUUGCUUCGGUGGAGUGUGUAAGAACCCAUGCGUGGAGACGAAGCCGUGUGGAAGGAACGCGGAAUGUAUCGUCGUGGAUAGUCUGCCGUUGAGAACUAUGUCUUGCAUGUGCCUGCCUGGGUACAUUGGAGAUGCAGAUACUGAGUGCAGACGUGCUCCUCACGAAGAACCUGGAUGUAAGAGCAAUUCUGACUGUGGUUCGACCGAAACCUGCCUGAACCGUCUUUGUAUCAACCCGUGUGUGAUAGGACAUCCAUGCGAUACCAGUGCUUUGUGUACUCCUCAGAAUCACAAAGCUGCCUGCAGGUGUCCUCCUGGACUCGUUGGUGAUCCUUUCGUCAGAUGUUACGAGCAACCAAAAACCAAACCAGAGUGUACCAGUGAUUCCGAAUGUUCCAACGACAAAUCUUGUAUCAACCAACGCUGCCAAAAUCCAUGCGCCUUGUCUAAUCCAUGUGGUACCAACGCUGAGUGUAGGACCAGUUUCCACCGACCGACAUGUUUGUGUCCAAGCGGAUGGGUUGGAAAUCCACAAGUUAUCUGCUACAAACCCGAAUGUAAAUCGGACUCGGAUUGUCCAUAUGACAAAUCGUGCAUAAACGAGAACUGCCUGAACCCGUGCACCCGUCAAUCCUGCGGCCGAGGAGCCGAGUGCGUCGUACGCAAUCACCAUGCGCAGUGCCAGUGUCCUGCAGGAACGCAGGGAGACGCUCUGUUAUCCUGUAUCACCGGAAUCUGCCACUACAACGAAGACUGCGCUGAUCACGAGGCAUGCGAUAGGUUGAACAGAGUUUGCAGACCGGUUUGCGACACCGACACAUGUGCCAACACCGCCCAAUGCGUAGGCAGGAACCACCAGCCGAUCUGCGAAUGUCCACCUGGAACCAGAGGCAACCCAUACGUCGAAUGCGGCGUCGAGAAGGUCGUACCCCAGUGCAUCACCGACUCGGAAUGCCCCAGUAGACUGGCCUGUAUCAACGAACAUUGCAUCAACCCUUGCACGGCUGACAACAUGUGUUCUCCAGACCAAACGUGCAGCGUAUUGGACACGACUCCGCUAAGAACCAUCAUGUGCCAAUGUCCACCGGACACUUUGGUGGAUGUCUCGGGUCGCUGUGUGCCUAUCGUUGUCGUGAAACCGCAAUGUCAGAUAGAUUCGGAUUGUUCAGACAGGGAGAAAUGCGUCCGUGGCAGUUGCGUGGAAGCAUGCCGAGUCGACAGAUGCGGCGUCAACGCCCUCUGCAACUCCUUCCACCACCAAGCUGUCUGCACGUGCGCAGCAGGCUACACCGGAAAUCCCCACAUCGAAUGCGCCAACAUCCCUAAGACGCCUGUGGUCAUCACACCUCCGGAAUGCUACACCGACAGCGACUGCGGUUAUGACAGGACCUGUCACAAUGAGAUGUGCGUCAAUCCGUGCGUGUUGGAGAAGUCUUGCGGCGUCGGAGCUUUCUGCUCGGCCAACGAUCAUAGAGCUGUGUGUAGGUGUCCGCCUGGAUUUGAAGGAGAUGCUCGUGUUGAAUGCGUUGCACCUGUUGGUGUAACCGUUGGAUGCACGUCAAACUCCGAAUGUCCGAAGAGUGAAUCGUGCAUCAACAGAAUUUGCGUGAGUCCAUGCAACUGCGGAUCCAACGCGGACUGCAGAGUGGUCAAUCACUACCCUACGUGCUUCUGUCGCCCUGGAUAUUCUGGAAACCCGCAAAUUGGAUGCGUGAAACUGGGAUGCCAAUCGGACAACGAAUGUGACUCAGACAAGCAAUGUUACAAUGGCCAGUGUUUGAAUCCAUGCAUACUCGGAGAUCCUUGCGCCAUGAAUGCAGAGUGUUACGGACAAAACCAUCGAGCCGCGUGCAGGUGUCCACCAGGCCUAGAAGGCAACCCAUUCGAACGCUGCGAACGCGUAGAGUGCCACACGGACAGCGAAUGCCCCAACAACCGAGCUUGUAUCCAGCAACGUUGCGUCGACCCCUGCUCCAGCAUCGCCAACCCUGCGUGUGCACGUAACGCCAUCUGCUACGCCCAAAACCAUGCCGCAGGCUGUAUUUGUCCACCCCAUCUACCUGAAGGCAACCCAAUAUCUUUCUGCACGGCUCCCAGCAGGGAGGCCGGAAGACCGCAAUGCGAGCAUGAUGGAGAGUGCCCGAGCAAGUUGGCUUGUAUACAGAACCAAUGCGUGAAUCCGUGCGAGAAGCUAUCGCCGUGUCAUCAUUCGGCGCAUUGUACCGUCGAAGAUACUCUACCGGUUCGAACCAUGAUUUGCACCUGCCCCGAAGGCUGGGUGCCGAACGAAAAUGGCGAAUGUCACGCAGUGAUCGUCCCCAUACCACCAGGCUGCACCUCAGACAACGACUGUCCAGGCGCUGAAGCUUGCAUCAACCGACUGUGUCGCAACCCUUGCGAUUGUGGCACCGACGCGGAGUGCUUCGUGAACAACCAUCGCGCUAUCUGCUCAUGUAAGAAGGGAUACGAGGGCAACCCGAACAUCGCCUGUCAAGCUGUCGGAUGUAGGAUUGAUUCAGAAUGCGGAUCCGGAAGGGCUUGCAUCAAUGGCAAUUGUAUCAACCCGUGCUUAGUGAAGGAUCCUUGCGGUGUAAACGCAGAGUGCUUCGUGCAUCAACAUCAUGCGGAGUGCAGGUGUACCAGCGGCUAUCGGGGUAAUCCGUUUGACAGAUGUAUAGUGGUGGGCUGCUACGCCAACAGUGACUGUCCCGGAGACCGACAAUGCAUCAACGCCCAAUGUAUCAACCCGUGCGUCUACGAUAACCCAUGCUCGCCACGUGCCGAGUGCCAAGUGCAAAACCACCUGGCUAUGUGCAGAUGUCCCAUCGGAUACAUAGGCAACCCGUACGUCGAUUGCAAACCUGAACCGCAACCUGAGUGCCGAGAAGAUAGCGAGUGUCCAGCCAGGCUCGCCUGCCUGAACAACAAGUGCCAAGAUCCGUGCGCCGUACUGGAACCAUGUCAACGACCUGCAGAGUGCCAAGUGAUCGGAUCUGUACCUGUCAGGACUAUGGUGUGUAUCUGCCCACCAGGAUACAUCAGUAGCGGAAGCGGCACCUGCACGCCAGAACCUGCAGUGAAGGAGAUCGGAGCUUGUAUAAGUGAUAGCGAUUGUCCAUCGGAGAAGGCUUGCUUCAACAGCAUCUGCAAGAAUCCUUGUAAUUGCGGGCCGAAUGCCGAGUGUCGUGUGAAGAACCAUAAGCCUAUCUGCACUUGCAGGCAAGGCUUCGAUGGCAACCCAGAACUGGAAUGUCACCGUGUAGGCUGCAGAACCGACGACGAUUGUACCAAUACGCACACUUGCAUCAACAGACAAUGUGUGCCAGCAUGCGAAAGCGCCUAUUGCGGUAACAAGGCGAUCUGUCACGCUUACAACCAUCGGGCGGUGUGCGAAUGUCCACCAGGUCUCGCAGGCAACCCGCAGGUCAACUGCAUCCAGGUCGGUUGCAGAACGGAUUCUGAAUGUCCUUCGAACCGGGCUUGUAUCAACACCAAGUGCGAGAAUCCUUGCGAAGCUGCUAAUCCCUGCGACGCACCUGCGGAGUGUAAGAUCUACAAUCACGUGGUGGAGUGCAUUUGUCCUCCAGGAACCGUAAGCGAUGGUGGAAGAGGAUGCUUACGAGAAGAAGCUAAAUGCAGGUCGGAUUCAGAGUGUCCCAGCCAUUUUGCUUGCAUAAAUGCGGAAUGUGUGAACCCUUGCACUAUUGCGAAACCAUGCGGUGUAAAUGCUGAAUGUACUGUUUUGGAUACUGUUCCUGUCAGGACCCUCGUUUGUCAAUGUGUGCCCGGAUAUCAAGGAAAUGCAGCCGUGCAAUGUGACAAAGUUGCUGCAUGCCGAACAGACCUCGGCUUCCAGUACACACCGGAAGGCGCCUGCGUAUGCCCACCAGGCCGCGCCCUGAACGACUUGGACGCCUGCAUCCCCUGCCCACCGGAGAAGGGACUCAAAGUGGACGACAGAGGGCGUUGCGUAUGCGCAUUGGAACGCGGUCUCAUCAUCGACGAACGCGGCAACUGCGUCUGUCCUCCGGAGUUCGGCUAUAGGCUGGAUUACAAGGGCAACUGCGUACCGCAAGGACCUGAAUGCGAACGGGAUGAGGAUUGCGCUGACGAUAGGUAUUGCAACUUGGAGCCGAAGACUUGCGAUAAUCCAUGCGAAGAGAAGGUUUGCGGAGAGAAUGCUAUCUGCAAUGCCACGAGGCAUAGGGCCAUCUGUAUAUGCCCGCCUGGUUAUACUGGAAAUCCUGAAGUCAGUUGCAAUACCACCCAACCGCACAUGCGUACCGACUUCCCAAGGGCUAACCUAGAAGUAUCUUGUCUAUCCAACGGCGUCCAAGUAGCAGUGACUGUAUCGGACUAUUUCAACGGCAUCCUGUACGUGAAAGGACACAGCAAAGACGAGAAAUGUAGACGAGUCAUCGAUGGCGAAACCAGUGAAAGAUUGGAACUCUUUACUGUCAACUUUGGAACUUGCGGCCUUAUCCAUGUCAAUGGAGAAGCCAGUUUCGUCCUGGUCAUCCAACACCAUCCCAAGCUGAUGACAGACAAAGCCAAAGCGUAUCACAUCAAGUGUAUGUACCGCACCGGAGAGCAAACCGUCACUUUAGGUUUCAACGUCUCGAUGCUCACAACUGCUGGCACGAUAGCAAACACCGGACCUCCACCAACAUGUUUGAUGAAGAUCGUGACUCCAACUGGCGAAGAGAUCAACUCUGCGGAGAUUGGUGAUAAUUUGGUGUUGCAGGUUGACGUGCAACCUGGCAGCAUUUAUGGAGGAUUCGCAAGGAGUUGUGUAGCAAAAACAACCGAAGACAGCAUCGAAAACGAAUACCUGGUCACAGAUGAAGACGGAUGUGCCACAGAUCCGACAAUAUUCGGAGAAUGGGAAUAUAACCCUGAUACUCAAAGCUUAUUGGCUAGUUUCAACGCUUUCAAAUUCCCUAGCAGUGAUACAAUCAGAUUCCAGUGCAAUAUCAGAGUAUGCUUUGGAAAAUGUCAACCUGUGAACUGCAGAGGAUACAACGCGUUUGGAAGAAGGAGGAGGGCCAUCGAAGACCUUAACGAAAACAAUACUGACGUCGCAAAUGCUGGCGAUAUUCUAACUGGCCAACUUAGAGAGGAAAUAACUAUAGAAUCGAAUGCCAUUUUAACUCUUGAGAGGCGCGAAGAACGAGGAGCCGAUCCACGCACUGUGGCAAGCGCCCAACGCGCAGAAGACAUCUGCGUGUCGAUGAUCGGUUUCAUCAUCGCGCUGGUAAUCACUGCCUUGCUGGCCUUGGUCGCGGUCGCCAUUGCUGUCUCGUGUUGGCUGAUGGCGUACCGAAGACGACCGAAGACCACCGGACCGCUUCCCCAUCCUCCGGAGUUCCCCAACCCCCUGUUCACUACUCCGGAACCGAUGGCGGAACCCAGUCCAGACUACCUCACGUGAAAUGUCUCCUGAAUCAACUACGAUACGCGUUCCGUCCGAACUGAUUUUGUAUCAUGGGCGCCCGUAUGACCCAAAAAGGAGACCUUGUGCUAUGUGCAAUAUUCAAGAGUCGCUUUAUCGUAAAGACUUUAGUUCACGGUGACUACAGUACACAUAGCUUGAUGCAGAGAUUAUUGAUUCCAGUUUUUGAGUUGUUGUUCAUUUGAAGUUACUCAUUUAUCAUUCAAAAAGGUCAUUAAUCAGAAAAAAAAAAUUAAAUUAGUAAUCCCCUCAAUUCAUUUCGGCUUAGACAUCUAUAUCGCUGUGAAUUAAAUUCCUUACUUUUCAAUGAACAAGUUUAUUCUCUACAUUCUUGUAAAACUUCUUCAUUGAAUUAUGUCUCCUUUGCUUAUUUGAAAAAAAAUUUGUAUUGGCGCCCAUGCAAAGAUUUUAUAAUGUCUAGAUAGGCGAUGAUACGAAUACUCGUACUGUAUAUUUUUUUACUUUCGCGAAACCGUGGCGGCAGAGGUAGGUAUAUUUCGCUUUAGGUGUCAUACCUUCAUACAAAAAGGGCCCCCUUAAAAUUAUUUUUUGCUUGAAAGUGAUGGCAAAACCACCCCACACUAUAAUAUAAUCUUUUCGGGAGAAAUUGAACGUCACCUUAGCAAAAGUCAUGUUCCAAGUAUCGUGAACUAUAUAAGCGAUUUAAAAAUUUUUAUUUAGCUUAUCACUGUAUUUUUGAGUCAGGAUUUUUAAAAUUAUUUUUCAAUACCGAUCACUUUUUUAUCAACGUAUACCAAACAUGUAAAAUAAACUAUUAUUUUUAAGUAACAAGCGCAUAUGUUUUAUUAAAAAAAUUUGUUCCAUUCAAAACUGAAAGAAACUUAUUGCCUGCUAGUGAUGUUCAAUUAAUUUUGCUUUAUCGUUAUACAGUGUGAAUUUUUUGUGUGACUGGAACGAUAACUCGGUUAUUACGCAUGACAUCUAAACAAAGUUAAUCACAAACAGUAUCCUCCUUACUUAGAAAAUAUGUAUAUUUCUACAGUGUGAUACAUAGCUACGUGGUGAUCCAAACAUUUUUUUUUUCAAAAGGAAAGAACAAUAUUUUAUUGCAGAUUCGGAUAGGUCCUUUCAAACGAAUCAAUUUUAUAUCAUACCAUCUCUAAAUUGUUGAGAUAUUGAGAAAUCUAUAGAAAAAGCAAAACGCUCAUCUUCGAAACUUUACAGCUAAGCUACUGAAUUUUUUGUCACAAGAAUUCUGUGAUCCCAAAAUCUUCCAAUCCACUUACUGUUUCAGGAGCUUUGAUAAAAUAUACAAAAUUGUUAAUAACGUAAAAUGAACGAUUUCUCAAAAUUUUCAAAUGAAACACCCUGUAUAUUUUCAUAUUUUUCCAUUUUCCUUUUCACAAGAUUUCUUAUACGAGGUUUAUGGGAGCUUGUAUGAACUGUUUUUGAGUUACAGUCAACCUUUUUUUUGUAAAUCGGAUAUCGAAGUAAAUGAAAAAUAUUACAAUACCUUAAAAAAUAAAAAUCGGAUUCAGUUAGUAACGGCAGAUGGUAAAAUCUGAGUAUUUUCAUUUAUAAUUAAAUUUACGUAACCUUAUGUAAUAAAGUCGAAAGGUCAAGGAGGUGUCGGCUUGUUUUCAGUAACUCAAAAAUCACUAUCAGUAAAAAGCAUGUGAAAAAAAUUCUGCCAACUGGCACCUUCGCAACUUUACAGCUAAGCUACUGAAUUUUUCGUCACAAGAAUCCUAUGAUCCCAAAAUCUUCUUCCAAUCCACCUAAUGUUUCAGGAUUUUUGACGAACUAUACAGGGUGGGCAAUAACGUAAAAAGAACGAUUACUCAAAAUUUCCAAAUGAAACACCCUGUAUAUUUUCACAGCUUUUGAUCCCCCUUUUCACCAGCUUUUGUUUGAUAUGAGGGUUGAGGAGCUUGUACAUAUUGUUUUUAGAUUUACAGUCAACCUUUUUUUUUAGUAAAUCGGAAAUCAAGGUAAAUUAAAAAUAUUACAAUACCUUAAAAAAUAAAAAUUACAUUCAGUUAGUAACGGCAGAUAGUAAAAUCCAAAUAUUUUAAUUUAUAAUUAUAUUUACGUAACCUUAUGCAAUAAAGUCGAAAGGUCAAGGAGGUGUCGGCUUGUUUUCAGUAACUUAAAAACCAUUAUCAGUGAAAAGCAUGUGAAAAAAUUCUGGCAACUGGCACCUUCGCAACUUUACAGCUAAGCUACAGAAUUUUUCGUCACAACAAUCCUAUGAUCCCAAAAUCUUCUUCCCAUCCACUUACUGUUUCAGGAUUUUUGACGAACUAUACAGGGUGGGCAAUAACGUAAAAAGAACGAUUUCUCAAAAUUUCAAAAUGAAUCACCCUGUAUAUUUUCACAGCUUUUGAUCCCCCUUUUCAUCAACUUUUGUUUGAUAUGGGGGUUCAGGGAACUUGUACAAAUUGUUUUUAGAUUUACAGACAAACUUUUUUUUUCGUAAAUCGGAAAUCAAAGUAAAUGAAAAAUAUUACAAUACCUUAAAAAAUAAAAAUUGCAUUCAGUUAGUAACGGCAGAUCGUAAAAUCCAAAUAUUUUCAUUUAUAAUUAUAUUUACGUAACCUUAUGCAAUAGAGUCGAAAAGUCAAGGAGGUGUCGGCUUGUUUUCAGUAACUCAAAAACUACUAUCAGUAAAAAGCAUGUGAUAAAAUUCUAGCAACUGGCACCUUCGCAACUUGACAGCUAAAAUCUUCUUCCAAUCCACUUAAUGUUUCAUGAUUUUUGAUGAACUAUACAGGGUGGUCAAUAACGUAAAAUGAACGUAUUCUCAAAAUUUCCAAAUGAAACACCCUGUAUAUUUACUAGCUUUUCAUUUCCCUUUUCACAAGCUUUUUUGAUAUGAGGCUUAUGGAAGCUUGUACGAAUUGUUGUUGGAGUUACAGUCAACCUUUUUUUUGUAAAUCGGCAGAUGGUAAAACAUUAUAAAUUAAAGUUACCUAACCUUAUGCAACCAGUAGGAAAGUCAAGGACGCGCUCGUGUAUUUUUAGCAAAUCAAAAACCAGUAUGUCAGUAAAAAGCAUGUAAAAAGGGGUAACAAAAUAUAUGGAAAUUUACAGUAUUAGAUUUGAAAAUUUUGAAAAAUCGCUCAUAUUGCGUUCUUAACCACCCUGUAUAACUAACCAAAAAAUUGGAAAACUAAGAAAAGAGGUGUAGAAAUAUGGAGUCAUAGAGUGUUUUCAGAUGAAAAAUUCACUUCUAUAGCUAUAACAGUGGCAUAGGUGCAAGUUGUUAAAGUUGAAUGUUUUUAAUAUUAAUUAUAAAUUGCCCAUCAUCUCAACAUUUUGAAAAUAGAACCCUAUAGUAUCUUAUAUCAAAUUGGAUUGUUUGGAAGCGCCUAUCUGAAUCUGCAAUAAAAUAUUUGCCUUUCCUUUUAAAAAAUACAUAUUUGGGUCACCUCGUGAAUCGCCAUGUAAAGAUAUAAAUAUUUUCCAAGUCAGGAGCAUAUCGAUGGCUACAAUUUUUGUAUUUAAUUGUUUAGAUACCGUGCCUAAUAACAGAGUUACUGACCGACACUAAAAACACAUAUUUAUCGUAGUAAUGGUGUGGAAAUUGAUAAUAUUAAAUGAAUAAUUAAAGUAGUAUUUAUAAAGUCAGCACCUGCUUUGCAUUUUUGGAAAAAGGCUCGUUUUGUAUGUUGUAGGUAGCCUUGGUAAGCGAAAUAUCACAUUUUUCAUAAAAAAAAUCCGUCCAUAUUUGUGUGGCCUAACCUCGGCCGUCGCUCUACGAACUACAUUUUAGUGAAUUUUUGUAAGCGAAACGUCCCUUGACCAACCAAGCGCUUCAAUCUGGUGAACGGGCGUUUCGUACUAUCUUUUCCCCGGGCUGUACCUUGCUAGUAUUCUUUGCAGACGAGGGUGAACAAUAAUUUACGGUGGAGGUCUCCUUUUUAAUGCUUCGCGGAUAUUUUGUGUUUCUAAUUCACUCACGGCCCCUCCAGUCUGUCGCGUCUUUUGUAAAUAUUUUUGAAAAUUCUCUUCUCGCAGCCCCUGGAAGACGUAUGGAACUUAGAUAAGUUAAAUAUUUUUUUUAUGAAUUGUAUAAAGUGUAUGAAUGUACGUUGAAUGUGGGGUGGUCGUAGCCCCGAAUAUAAUUUUUGGUGCUGACUGAUUUUUUAUGUAAUUCUUGGAGCAGUCACGUUUAGUCAAUCUAUACCUAUUAAUAGUACCUAUGCAUUAUUUAAGCAUUCCAAUUCUUCGACCAAAAACCGUUCAGAUUGUAGAAAAUUUUGGCUCAAGCCUAUACAACGAAACUGCCUGUGAGUUUUAUAUUUUGUACUUUUGUAACUAAUUUCGUUAUUUAUGUUAAACUUUGUAAUAUUCUAAC